AACAGGCUUCAAUUUAGCCAUUUAAUGUUCCAACAGGCUUCUUUUCCCCUCUGGAAACUCCUGCCAUUUUUGUUGAAACAGGUCACCGCUAGAUCAAACCCUGGAAGGUCAAUUUUAACAGCCAGCCAGCUAUAUUGACUCAACCAACGGUUGCUAUGCAGUAUGCCAUGGCAACGUCACCAGUUGAUCGUGGUCCACGGUCAUUCAUCAUUACACUGAGUGCUUGAAUAUUGCUGUCUUGUACAUACAUUAUUACACUUUCAUGUAGGAUAGUCAGAUGUUUUACAGAACAAAUUAUUACAUGUACAUAUACAAGUGCUAUACUUAGCAUAGAAGAUUGUGAGCGGGUGGAUCGGAUGAAGCAUGUUUCAAGUUGAAACGAAUCCAGCUCGAGCUGACUGGAUUCAACGAAGCGCCAACCCGUCAAGUAAUUUUAAAGUGGAUGGAAUAUCGAUUGCUUUCUAAAUGAGAUUCCCUCCACCCGUCUCAGCAAAUUGUUCUCAAGGGACAUUGAAGAAAGUAAACAACCCUUGGUAUCAUCAGAAACGAACACAGCUCCAUUUGAAAGUCUACAGGAAUGGGCUUGGGGAAAACGUUUCCCGUUAUUUCUGCUAUCAUUUUGCAGUUUACCUUUAUCGCUGUUGAAGCGUACACGUGCUUCGUCGGUCAAGAGCUUCAGCGGGACGCCAGUACUCAAACCCUGCUGUACCGCUGGGUGCUGACGGGGCAGUCUCCCCUCGACCCCUGCGACUGUGCUGCGUUCCGACUCGGCGGGGUGAACACGGCGGUCAGCGGUAGUUGCGUCCGUGCCUUCAACUUGUCAGAGCUCAGUAAAACUACAGAGGAGAUUCGCCGCGCCCUGGGCUGCCCAAGAGGUGAACCCCAGAGGACUUUCUUUACGGGGCCCACGGACAACGGCGGUGCCGAGGUGCUGUUCCCGUUGGGCAAAUUUGCAUCCCCGCUGCGCACCACAUUUGAGCUAAGCAUGGACGACAAAACUGACAUUCCCCGUGUUUACUUGGCUGAGUUUCCUCAAAUAACAGUGACGGAAAGGCCACCUUACAUGAUAGAAUUCCGCGCGACAGAGAUGGUCAUACACAAGCUUCAGUCCGGGGUGCCUGGUGUCACAUUCGCAGGAUAUUACGGGGCGAUACAAACGAAGGCCAUUCCCGAAGAGCUGGGCACCCGCCAAUUCACAGUCACCUGUGAAUACGAGCCCUUGCCAAUACCUGAGGUCGAAAUUGAGGUGGUCUUCGUGAAGGAGAGCGGCCUUCGGUACACGAUGGAGGCGGUCGACACACUUGCGAAGGAAGUGCACUACGUGGGUAUUUUUUCGUCCGCGCGAGCAGAAUGGAAAUUCUUGAAUCCUUGAUCCAUCAGUAGGGAUGUGAUGGGAUCUGAAUUCAAUUUAUUGUCAACUUGGCCCUCAAAAGAGCUUGAGGGAAAAAAGUGGAGAACAAUGUUUUCCAUACUGCAGUUAAAACAGAGUUUAACAACUAAUUCAAAUCUCAUACGAAGCACAAAUUACUCUCAUUUUAAUCACAGAUAUUCAAGUGCGUUGUGCAAAGAAAAAAGUCCAAUCAGUAAGUGUGACUUGUAUGGUAUUUAAAAAUAGGUGUACCUUCUCACCAAUUUUCUGUAAUAUUUAAUUAAGUUAUCUUAAAGAAGCGACCACCCCAAUGAAUCUGGUAAAACCAUGAAAUAGAUUUCAACUUCAUGAUUUCCUACAACGAAAAGAAAUUCUGCAGAUGUGUUCCAUUGCUCUUGAAAUGUCAUUAACAUCUGUCACCGUUUAUUAACAGUUCUUAGGCAGCGGACACAGUUGGACGCAAACAAAAAUAAAUAAAUUAAUUAAAAGGGACGACUUAAUGCUUAAAGGCAGAACAUAGCGUCAGUUUGCACGUUUGUUUAAACAUCCCUAACCCCAAUAACAGAACCCCAACUCCAAAAGUAAAAGGAACCAAAAUGUUACUCCAGAAGAUAGCAACUCGGUGUGAUGAGGGAUUUUGUUAUCCUGAGAGACAAGUGGUGUUUUGUGGCAUAAGUCAUUAAAUAAUAUGCUAUUUUUUGCAUCCAUCAUGCCUCAAAUCGACCGUUUCUUCAAAUCGAUUAUUAUAACAGAGUUUCUCGCAGCAGUUGUCAAUGCAACGCCACUGUAACGUUAGACGGAACAGGGACAGCGUUGCUGUGCUGCAACCCCCACAGGCUUCCAGUUCAUUAGAGAUCAUGCGCAAUGCAUCUCUGGUAAGUUAUUGAGCAUGGCGGCUGCGUGCUGCAACGCAGGUAUAACACGGACACAAUAUACUUGUUUGUAUACGGCCGACCAAGGCUUGCAGGUGACGACCUCUUGGUUUGUGGCAGGCAGCCUUGGGAUUUAGAUACACAUUAUUUUGCUCCAAUGGUGUUGACGUACGGAGUAUUGGGGGCCUGGAGCUGGAUCAAGAUGAGGGUGCAGUUUUCCUAGCAACGGAGGCUCUAUUGGUGGGAAUUGCUCUCCGCCGUUCCCGACUACUAAAUGCAAGCGUUUUAUAUAUGCAUGCUACUUCGCUUCACUCGUAUUCAGGAAAAACAGUUUGGUAUAAAAUGGGCAGGUAAUGUCUCUGUAUUCAGUGAAUCAUGACAGCAUGGUAUAACGGUGGGUCACAAACAAGUGCUGAAAUUGACAAAGUAUUAAGAGAAGAUUCGAACAAAUACCUCGAAAAACAUAAGGGUCGGGAUGAGGUGGCUUCGAAGCAAUCUGCAGUUGGCCAUUUCUACGGCGCUUUUGAAUCUCGAUGUCCUUAAGGCAGCCUCUUCAGCCGCAAUGACUUUCUUUCUUUGCGGACCGCUUAUCUGCCUCGGUCUUAUUUAUAUGUGAAAAAGUCCCUCAGCCAGUCUUACGGGAGUCUCCGAUGCAGAUUGGUUGCUUCCUCUGUGCAACGGUACGGCCUAUCUAAGGACUCUUGAACGGUCUCAAGCGCUGAUUCGGCGUUGUGACCCAGUUCAAGGGCAGCUUAUACUUUUCAUAACAGGAUCUCCAAAUGCCUACAACAUUCAAAUUGCACAAUGUUACCGGUACCCGGUUUACUGAGCUCCUUUGCUUCCAGUUUGAAUUUGAGCUCUUCUGACGUGGUAGACUCAUCUUCAGGCUUUGCAAUAGCAGUGAGGCUGGCGUCAAAGUAGCCCUUAAAUUUAUCAAAGAUGACGACCGGCUCCUGCUCAGUUGACAUGGACAUGCUAGACAACCAGGACUAUACCAGCUUUUCACAGAAAAUUGACAAGAGCGUACAUCGAUGAAUGGGGAAGAUAUCGUUCGGUUCCUUACAAAUUUAGACGCUUGAAUGGGUCUUUGGUGCUGUGCGUACCUUUAAGGAGUGUAGAAUAUGCGAAGUAGACCCCUAAGUAUGGCGGGCGUAACGAACAAAACUAAAUGCAUACCGAGCACACACAAUGAAAGUGAAUUUCACAUAGGGAUUAAUGUUGCUACGCUCCGAUAACAUUCUGAUCUGCGGUUGAUAUGUUUAACAUCGGACACAGAGACAAGAAUGAAAUUUACAGCAUGUUCACCAGUGCUAAAGUUGGUGAGUUCGCAGGCUGCGGUUACCAUUUCCUGGCGAAAGGCCAACACUGUCCACGUUCUUUAUGCUCUUAUCCCGGCAAAGUGAACGCUAAGUUGAAUUGCAAAGAGGACAAACACGGAUCUGAAUAACCGUGUUUUAAGCUCGUCGGACCACGAUCCCGUGCGAAACAUGCUCAGGGCUUGCAAGUUUUGAGUUAAUAAAACGAACCUGUUUCCUGAUCGAUUCACAGAUGGGGACGAUAAAAGAUAUAGAUUGUAUCCUUUGUUGUGAAUAACAAGGAAGACAAAGAAAAGCAUUACAGAACUAGUAGACAAGACAAAAUUCAAAAAGUCUUGCUUUACUGUUCUUAAAUUUCAGAUUAUUUUAGAAUGGCUCUGAACUACACAGUAAUGGUUCGGGGCGGGGCUUAGCAAGACAUGAUGAGAGUUUCCAAGCGAAACCCUAUUCUUUGGAUACUGACAAUUAAAACUCUAAAAAUGGUAUUCUGAAAUAGACAUGGCGCUUUUAAGGAUACAGGUUAUCUUCUUUUGGACUCUAUUAAUUUUCUAAGAAAGCAAUUUGUAGCUGAUGGAUUAACUGAAGAGGUAGAGCAAUUGAGUAUGUCCCCCACCUCCAGGCCUCUUCAUCCCUUGUCUCCCUAUAAUGAAUCUAUGGCGUAUAGGAGCUCUUUGUUUAAUCUACCUGGAAAACACGAGGCCUCAAAUGCUUGCUGGCCUCUAAAUUGGACACCAGGGACAAGUAUGCACUGCUCUUAACGGCCUUUUGUCAGUGAAGACUCAUGGUUUUGUAACACACCGUGCUUUUUUAUACCUCACGUUACCCGAUGCUCAAACUCGGCUCACUUCUCCUCACGCAAGUGGCACGUAAAUCUGUAAACAUUGUUGCCGGAUAUUGCAAGGUACACUGGUACUAAUACACCGGACCAAAACUAACAUCACGAAACGCUUGGCAGAAAUUAAGCCGGAAAUGCUUUUAAAGUUUCAGAAGAAGUCAAACGAAUCAAAAGCUACAAAUUGUGAUUAUCCAAACGCAAUUAGGUCAACCUUAAUGCGCUCU